AUGGGGUUGGUUGAGCUUAGGAGGAUUGAAGCUUCCAGGGAAGUUGCUGGAACGCUUGAGAAAUCGCCUAAUGUUACUUAUCUUCCUGGUGGAAACAACAUGAUGAUGGCUCUUAAUCCUGCUGAUGUUGGUGGAUGUUGGGAAGGAUACUCUGAGUCUGAAGAACCCUUAUUACUAUCCAAUUUGAUCAGCGCUGAUGUCUCUUUGGAUGAGCUUCCGUUAACAGCACUUUAUAAUGCCAAGUUUUUAACUCUAUUAUGGGUGGGGUAUGAUGAUCUUCCCUAUCAAGGCAUCAAAUCAUAUGAUAAGGCCUUUCAAAACUUAAUUCAACUGGAACUUAAUGGAGGGAUUCUUGACUGGAGUGACCUAUUGAGACUACUCCAGAAUUGUCCUAACCUUCAAGAUUUUUCCAUUUCAAUGACAUUAACCACCAACAAUGAUUGGAAAUACCCAUAUAAUGUUCCUCGGUGUAUUUCGUCUCAACUAAAAAAAUGUCGUAUGGAAAUCUAUGGAGUUGCGGGAGAUGAUGAUUUUCAAUUUGCAACAUAUAUUUUGAAGAAUGCGAGAUUUUUAGAGGAUAUCACUAUCUAUGUUGAAAGAUACUUAAAUCAAGCGCAGAAGACCAAAGUGUUAGAAGAUUUAACCAUCUGUACAAGGAUCUCUCCCACAUGUUGGAUGAUGUUGCUCAUGCUGUUGUAUGGUUUGCUUGAAUGGUGUAUUCUUUUCAUUUUGACCAUUAUACUGGAAAUAAUGGAAUGUGAUGUGCUUAGAAUGAAGAUGAAGAGAAAGGGUUCUCUGUACUUUUGGGCUGCACAUUUAGCCGGUCCAAAAUGGGGACCAUUUUCUUCAUGGUGUUGUGCUUGGCUUGAAACCAUAGGUCUUAUUGCUGGGAUAGGGACUCAGGUAAAAGGACUAAUUCGGUUAAACUUCGACUCGGUGUUUUCAUAG